UCUUAUGAUAGGAGUCCCUCCCAAUUCGUCAGCAAAUUACCGAUUCGUUCCCGUUUGUUGUCUCGCCUCGUUACCUUGCGCAGAGCUAAAACCCUAGCUAGCAGGAAAGGAGAUGUCGCGUCCGCCUGCAGCGGCCGUCGGUGCACGGUCGUGGGAGCCGGAUCGGGGGAAACUCUUCGUCGGUGGCCUGGCUUCGGAUACGAGGGAGGAGGUGCUGGCGGACUAUUUCGCGAGGUAUGGCGAAGUGAAGGAGGCGGUGGUGAUUAGGGACCGAGUCACCGGGAAUGCGAGAGGGUUCGGGUUCGUAAAGUUCGCUGACCCGCAGGUCUCCGAGAGUGCGCUCAAGGAGGACAAGAAGCAUGUCAUUCGAGGAAGAACGGUCACAGUGAGAAGAGCCGCUCUGCGCCGUCAGCUGCAUCAAAACCGUGAAUUCAUGAAUCCAGAUCAGAAUGGUCAAUUCAUUAGAUCGGUCGAGGAGAAUGGUGAUAGAGGGUUCUACAAUGUCCAUAGCACUAGCACAAAAAAGAUUUUCAUUGGAGGUUUGCCAGACAAUGUGGAUCAACAUGACCUCAGGAGCUAUUUUGAGAAGUUUGGUGCUGUUGUUGAUGCGGUAGUAAUGUUCGAUGGUAUAACCCGACGAUCAAGAGGUUUUGGUUUCAUCACAUUUUCUUCUGAGGAAUCCGUAGCAAUGGUGUUGCAGAACAGCCACCAUGAGUUGAAUGGGAAACUCGUGGAGGUUAAGAUUGCCACUCCUAAGGAUGACAGAAAAAAUGCUAUUAACAGACAUGAUCAUGAUUAUCAUAUAGCGAGAGAGGAUCAAAGAGGUGCAAGAGGGCCCUUUUAUGGUCCUCAUCCGGGCUAUCUUUAUCCCAACUAUGGAUACUAUGGAUAUGUUAAUUAUGUAGCACAGCCUUUUCCUCCUUAUGCAUAUGGAGGACAAGUUGGAGGAGUAUAUAGCCCCACUGGUUUACAUGCGAUUCAAUAUGGUGGCCUGAUGAGCAUUCCGCCCAACUCUUGGAACAAUUCAAAGAGAAUUUCUGGGCAGAUUAUGCAUCCUGAUGUUGUCAAGAGAAGCGGCGAAGAUAGCAUGUCAAUUAUUGAUAAUGAGAACCAAAACAACCUUGAUGUUGAAGACCAAAUUGGGGCUAUGGCAGGGUUAGAUUUAGAAGAUGUGCAAUGUGAUGCACACUGAAUUUAGAUCGGUGCGAAUUUCUUCUACUUAGUUUAACUUUUUAGUUGGUUAGGUUUCUCAUGAUUGUGCAGUUAUGCAUUGCGCUCUCUGAUGACAAAAGAAGCAAUGAUAAUGUGGAGUUGUGGAGUCUUUAGUUAGUCAAAUUUUUUUA